AUGAUAACGUGUCAAACUUGAUCAUGUGAUUAAUACAGUUGUGCUGACAAUGAUAUGCAAUGUAUUUCAAAAGUCGCUUUUAUCUUAAAAAAAUGAAAUAAAAAUAAUCAAAACACAUAAUAAAAGUAGUCAAAAGCUUUAUUACUUGACCGACAAAGUCACGAAAAAGCAAAAUGAGUCUAUAAACCCAAACAUUUACUGUAGAAAGUCAAAAAUGUCAAUGGCAGAGCAGAUAUUAAGACGUAUUGGCACCGUUUCUGACCACUGCUUCACAUCUGUGUUGCAUUGAAUCACUCUUGAACUAUAAUACAAACAGUUUAAGACUGCUGUACUACAUUCCUCUGAUAGCCUGGUUUCGACUCCAUGCAACACAGAUGUGAAACACUGGUCAAGAAUGCUUCUUAGGCAACUAUUCAGUGCAAAAAAUCCAACCAUGCAGUGCAAAAUCCUUGAAGAUUUUGCUUUUCUGUCAAUCAUGGAGCUAAUAUUUAGUCAUAUCGGCAGCUUCACAUCUGUGUUGCAUGGAGUCAAUUGUCUUUUUUUUGGUUCCAGACCUGGACCAUUGGACAACGUCUCACAAUUUAGAGUUUUCAGUUCAUGCCCUCAAAAGUCAAAAGUUGAUUGCAUUAGCGACUAUUUCUAACAAGUGCAUCACUUCUGUGUUGCAUGGAGUCCACCCACUUGUGUCACCUGUGUGUUCAUUGUUUCUGGUCUGGAAUAUCAGUUGACAAGUGACUCCAUGCAAUUGAUGUGAACCAGCUAUCAGCCUACAAUUGCUUUUCCUGAAUUUUCUUCGAUGUUUUGAUUUGGAAUCCUGUGUUCAGUGUUUAUUGUUUACAUCUGCGUCAAUAAAAGAUAAGAUAAGGCUGCUAAUGUAACGAAAGGCACAUAGCCUAUAGACGGACACUUGGAACUGAGUCCUACCACAAAUAGCGAAAAUCCACCAGUAAUUGACACCCUGACCCUUAUAAUUAAAUAUAUAUGACUCCAGAUGCACAAAGCACUAUUUUUGUCUAAAUGAAGCUCCUCAACUCACUUGCAUCUAUAAUAGGUUUUAGAUCUGUAUUUUAAUGCUGUCUGCCUCUUGCGCUGGCCAGCCGAAGAACAAUUCGGUGGACAAUAAAAAAUAAUUCUAUUCUAUUGUUCAACAUGGCGCUACUUUUAUAUUAGAAGAGCCUUUAUCCCAAGCCCACAAUCAGCAAAGUGGUGAGUGAAUGAAUAAUGGAGGAUCGGUUCACCCCAACAAAUCCGUACGAAUCCCAAAAGGGCACAGAACAGCAAUUCCAGCCAUUAGCUGAUUUUUGAAUUUGUCUAUCCAUAAGUAAAACAGUUGCAACAAAUAGCAAAAAGAACACAAGGGCAAAAUGGAAAGUAACAUUUUCAAAUGUCCUUCUUUGACCCCCUGAAAAAAAAGAAGGACGAAUCUCUGACCUUUGAGCAGCAGCAGUAGAAACAACAUCGACCUUGAAGUGUCCAUGGCCAAGCCAGACGAUGCCCGAUGACUUCAGCAACCACCUUAAGUACCCACACAGGACACACCCACAUACAAAGGUGGCACGGUUGACAACUGGUUAGAACGUCUGCCUCACAGUUCUGAGGACCGGGUUCAAAUCCGGCCUGGCCUGCGUUUACAUGUUCGCAUCCACCUCCGUGACAACAAGAUGGCCAAGCACUGGGACGUCUUCACUGGUCUCGCUCGAACUCAUCCGACCCAUCUCAAGACUUGCUCCCCAACAUGUUUCAGGAAGGCCUUCACUUCUCACAACACACUUGUCAGACUGUUAUCUUCUGGGGUCAUCUUCAUACUCUUCUGAAACACGGCUGGCAUCAUCUGGAAGCAUUGGCCUUUUGGCAUUUUUUUGCUCUUUAUUUUCCAGUGCUAACAUGUUUUUCUUUUUUUUUUUUGCUGUUUUUGUCAUCUGUAAAUGUAUAUAUUGGAUUUUCUUUUCCAAAAAAAGAGAAAGAAAUACAACUGAUCUCGUCUGUCCUCAGAAACUUAACAGCGUAGGGCAUGGUUAGUACUUGGAUGGUAGACCCCCAUUCGUCUACCAGGUGCUUUAAGCUAUUUCACAUGAGCCUGACAGACAGAGGGUGCUACGAUAAAAAGUGAAGAUUCACGAAAUGCAUUUUUUCCAUUUCAGGCUUGAAAUAGCCUAUAAAGGACAAAGUGUUGUUGUUUCAUUUCAUCUUAUUAUCUCAGAAGCUAAGUGAAGAAUCAUAAAAUAGUUUUCCCUUUCAGGCAUGAGGUAUGCUAUAAAGGAGAGGUUUUGUGUUUCCUUUCAGUUUAAGGCCAUACUACUCUUAAAAACACCCGAUCUCGGAAACUCAGUGAAAAAUCACUAAAUAUGUUUUUUUCCAUUUCUGACAUGAGGUUGCCUCUAAAGGACAGUUUCAGGUUGAGUUUCAGCUUUCUACCCUGACAACAUCCGAUCUUAGAGGCUAAGUAGAGUUAGCCCUGGUUAGGACCUGGAACUGAGACCGCCUGGCAGUACCAGGUGCUGUAACCUUUUACAUUCACUUGACCGACAGGGUGCUGUGCCAAAAAGAAUCACAAAUCGCAAUUCCAUUUAAGGCAUUAGGGUUAGGUUUCCUUGCAGUUUAUGGCCAUAUUCCCCUAAAAUAGCCAAUUUCAUAAAUUCAGCAGUGUGGGACCUGAUUUGUACUUGGAUGGAUGACCGCCUGGGAGUACCAGGUGUCUUUUUCUACUUUGGCAUUAUUCUGACGAAGCGAAGAAUCACAAAAUUUAAGUUUCCAGUUCAGGCAUGAUGGCUAAACAAAACUUUAGGCUUGCAGCUGUACAACCCUGAAAACGCAUGAUUUAGUUUGGUCUCAUAAGCAAAGCAGGGUCAGGACUGGUUAGUACUUGGAUGGGAGACUGGGUGGGAAUACCAGGUGCUGUGACCUGUUACAUUAGUUUAGCAGAAAAAGGCCUUCUUUUUUUUUAAAAUUGAUAAUCUAUUCCCUCAAUUUAGUAAUAUGUACCCUAAAUUUACUCAUCUGUAUCCUCAAUAUAGUAAUCUGUAGCCUCAGAUUAACAGUGAAUUUUAUUUUUCUCAUACAUCGGCACCAGGGGUCUCAGUAGUAUUAUACAAAAGAUAGGGAGUGUAUUUUUUUCCCUCCACAUCCCAAACAUAGUAAUGUUUAACCAGCCAUUUUACAGGCAUUUUGUAUUUGAGCUAUGCCUUUCCAAUCCACUAGAUGUCCUCAUUGAGCAGCAUUGCGCUUUGAGACGCUGAGAUAUCCGAAAAAGAAGCUCCCUUGGGCUAAAUAGGAGCGUACGAACGUGGCUGUUUACGUUCUUAAACUAUUUGACUUUCGAAGCGGUGAAUAUAUUCCCCAUUGACAGUGAAUAGAAUGAUUUAAAUACCGAGAGAAUUUUGUUUUCCAUGUAAUUAUGAGACCGUGUCACGAUUUACCCCCAGUUGCCGUAAAUCUGCAACAUCUGAGAAGCUAACCUAGCAAAAAAACAACAAGCGCUGGUUUUCCUCAUUCUCCCGAAAAGCAUGGAGAUGGACGGUCGGGAUUUUCUGAACACUCCCCCUUUAAAGACGGUCAGGUUUGGCUGUAGCGUUGUGGAAACUUUAGCCAAGUAUAAACAGGGAGACUUGAGUGACUAUGAACUGCUGAAGCAUCAGCUGGCUAACCCUGACAUAAAGGAUGCACAGAUUAUUACUUGGCUACAAGAAUUUCGGAAUUGUGUCGCCCAGCUCACCAAAGACCACGAACAACUCAUCUACGCUAUCUUGAGGCUUCCCUGGGUGGGUCGGAGCCAGGCAGUGGUGGAGGCGUACAUGGGCUUCCUCAGUAACCUGGUGUCGGCGCAGACUGUCUUCCUGUGUGCAUGUCUCAAAAUGGUUGUCUCCCACUUUUCGCCCAAAAGAGUAACCGUCUGUGAAGAAGGAGUCGAAUUCUCGGAUUCAGAUGAUGAAGACCAAAAUCUCCCCAGAAAUUUCAACCAGUGCCAUCAGGCCUUGCAGCUCAUCACCAGAUAUGUCCCAUCCACAAGUCACUUUCUGGUGCCCAUUUUGCAAAACAGCUUUCCUUUUGUUCAAACGUCUUCCAGAACCCAGGAGUGUUAUGUUCACAACCUCCUGAAAGUGACUGUGUACAUACCAACAAUUCGACGAGACAUACUGGAGAUCAUCAUUGGACAGAUGCUCAAACUGGAUGUGAAUGCGUCCCGCUCAGAGAUCGAAGAGGCCGAAGAGAAUGCGCUACAAAGCCAACGGGCAGACAACUCCACUGAAGCGGCCCUCUUUGAUAUGGAUGAGGACCUGCCGACAGGUCCGCCCUCCAGUUUGGGGACCAUGGCCCACCCGGUGGCAGAGAGGCUUGAUUCGCUCAUGGCCGUGUUGUUGGCGUACAUCAAGGAUGUCUGCUAUGUCAACGGUACUCUUCAUACAGACAAAACAAAGGAACUGUACAGGGACAUGUUGAAUGUGUUCGACAAGCUCAUCUUGCCCACCCAUGCUUCGUGUCACAUCCAGUACGUGAUUUUUUACCUCUGCAGCUUCAGGCUGGCCCUAGCUGAAGCUUUCCUGGAGCACUUGUGGAAGAUUCUGCAGAGUCCGUCUCAACCUCCCGUCCACCGCCAGGCUGCUGCUGGCUACAUGGGAAGCUUUCUUGCCAGAGCCAAGUUCAUCCCUGUGCUUACAGUACGGGCGUGUCUGGACCUGCUCAUCUCGUGGAUCCAGUGCUAUAUUGACAGCCAAGACAGCAAAGGCAGGCAGGCCUGCUGUGACAUCAACCUCCAUGGACCGUUCUACACCGCCUGCCAGGCUGUCUUUUACACAUUGAUCUUCAGACAUGGAGCAAUUCUGGCAGGCAACAUGAAGACAGGCUUGGAGUACCUCCAGAGUUUAAACCUGGAGAGGGUGGUCAUGUGUCAGAUGAACCCACUAAAAGUGUGUAUCCCAGCAGUCACAAAUAUGUUUGCAGCCAUCACCAGGAAAUAUCAGGUAGUGUUCUGCUACACCAUCAUAGAGAGGAACAACCGCCAGAUUCUGCCCGUGGUGCGCAGCUCUGGAGGAGGUGACAGUGUCAGCAACAACACCAACCCCUUGGACAGCUUCUUUCCUUAUGACCCCUACGUACUGAAAAGGUCUGGUCAGCUCAUCGAGCCCCUCUAUCAAGUGUGGGAGAAGCCAGCAGACUCGGAGCCACUUGCCACUAAAACAGUCCAUCAGGACUUGAAAGAGGAUGACUAUGACUUCCUGUGUGGGGAGAUGACCCAGGGUGAUGGAAUCGUUGGAAUGACACCCAGCUCCUUGGACUCAAACCCAAGUACAGGCUCACCCCCCAUUUCCUUCCAGAGACAUGGCUAGUGCCACGUCAUGGACUGUCACACUGGACCUGGACCACCCUUAACUGAGUCCACUGACUUUGCAAUGAUGCACAUUGCGUUCAUAAUAUAAUGAUGAGAACUGCUUUGAAGCCACUUCCUCAUCCUAAACAUUCAAAUGGAGUGGCCUGGGAAUUAAAUGACCGCAGUUUGGUCCUUCUAGUUUUGAGAUUUCUUUCAUGAUAACGGGGGCAAUUUAGAAUUUUUUCUUUCAAAAUUAACAGUGUUAACUUGAAAGCCAAAUGUGUAUUAUUAGUAUUAUUAUUGUUGGUAUUUGAGGUUGUCAUUGAACUCUGCAGGUGGUUUUAGCAGUACAAUGAACAAUGUUAAAGUGAUGUUAAGUCUCUUGUGAGCCUUUUCAUUGUAAGUGGGGAUAUAAACAUUCAGAUUCUA